ACACCACACCCACCCUGAAUGCUCUUUCAUUCGUGUUGGAAAGUUGACUGCCAAUUUGUAACUGGAGAACACUCGAGUUCUGGUAGGCAAGAAGGACAGCACCGCACAUUGACACACCCUAAAGUUACCGAUUUAUUUUGACAAAAUAGCCAUAUCGAUCCAGCAUCGGAUAAUUCAGGAAAACUGUUUUUUUCCUAUUCAGCAGACAUGAAAUCUUGCUUAUGGAUUGCCUUGCUUGUAACUCUGGCUAUAGGGACGAAAACACAAGACUUUGAUCUUUCUGAUGCCUUUGAUUCUGAUGACCCUAUACCAACUACUAUUCCAAAACAGCCAAAGCAACCUGCAAAGGAUCCCAGUCCAGGCGGUGGAUUUGAUCUAUUAGAUGCUCUUGGUCCAGAAGAGCCUGAGAAACCAGCUGGGAUCCCUCCUAAAGAAGGUGGAACUGAUCCCAAACCUGCCCCUCCUCCCGCACCUGUAGAUCCCAAAAACCAGCUGGAGGUAAGUAAAUUAACUCAACCAGCUGAAGUAACACUCAUCACUUGUAAUUACAGCAUCCAUACUAUUUGGAAUCAGGAAUCUAGCUAUCAGAUUAUUGAACACAGUAAGACGUUCUGAUCAGGGCAUAAAGUUAACACCCGCCAAAUGCGGGUAGAUUUAGGUAUUGGAGGGAAGAAUGUCUAUUUCACCAGCCACGGUGUUCAAUUUGCAGGUCUCUACAGUGCGAGCAUUACAUUUGUGAAUAGAAAUAGUCAAAAGUCAAGUAUGAGCACAUUGUUGUGAUUUAUUGCCAGAAAAUGCUGCAGUAGCUGUUUUCAAAAUAUUUCUGCUGUUUUGUUUCAUAGCUGCUAAUCGCAGAAAGAAGUACGAAUCCUAUAUCCCACCUCACGCAGUAACACUGCCUGGCAGGAGAGCUGUGCACUCAGAGCGAAGUGCUAAUAGAUUCAUUUUUGGAGGUGCUGCGCACAGGCAUAAAAGUUGGUCUAAUUUACUCGUGUUGAUAUCACAAGUUUACUGGAGAACUGAGACCAAGUAGAGACU